AUGAAGAUCGAUGAUAAGGAUCACAAGAACAACGACGAGGAGGGUGGCGACACAUACUCGGACGACUAUGAAGACUUCUACUCGUCUUCCGCCCAACUGUUGGUGGAGACCCUCAAUCAAGAGAUUCGGUCGUUGCCUGCAUAUACUGAGACGAACUCCGCAGCCUCUCAAGCGCAGGCUCCCUCCUCCUUGACGUUCCUCCGCGUGAAGGUCGUAGGCAAGUGGUCUACCUCGACUGGGGCCGAUGGUCGUCGCCCCGGUACACUUCACCCUGCGCAUCGGCAUACCGUUGCUGAAGCUCUCUCGGAGAUGACCGAGGACAUAAACUCGGCCAUUGCAUCCCAGUUUCCCAAGUCGACGCCAGAGCAGACAGCAAUUCUCGCCCAAAGAACCCUGUCCCGGAUGGUAGAGAUGAUAGGAUUUGAUGGUGAUGUGCACGUUACAGCAACUCCAGGUGGUACUCAGGAGAACAGUCGUCUUACCACCAUGGAGAGAGACGACGUCGCUCGACUGGCCGGUCAGCGAACCCUCGGGGUCAGCAAGCGAAUGGAUUCGAAAAGCUAUAAUAGCCCCAGCUCAUCCUCUAUCCUGUCCCUCACCAACAAGAACCAGAAUCAACCAACAAUGUCUUCCAACGCUCGAGACCAAGAAUCUACCUACUCCCAGAUGCCGACCAACGCCUCUAUCCGACAGGAAAUCAUCGAUGAAGACCCUUCGUUGUACACUGCCGAAGAGGCGGAUGCUGUCAGGAGUGCGUUUGGUGGCAAUGGUUCUGAGGAACAGGUUGCCACCCAGUCUGACGAAGCUGAGGCUUCCAGUGACCAGCAGUAG